UAACAGAUUUCCUUUUGAGCGAAAAAACUGAAGAGAUACAUAGAACGUGACGGUGGUACGCCGACGUGCUUCCGAUGGCAUCCAAGGACCAUGGAGGCGGUGCUCCUCGGGAAGACGGAUCUGACGAGGACUGCGGCUGCGGGUCCUGGACGAUAGCUCUGCUCCUGUACACGUCCUUCUGGCUGGUCAUGGUGUACCUGCCGCCCAUGGAUUCCUUGCCCGGGAUCCGGGAGCUCGACGGCUCGCCGCCAUCCAACGACGACAAGCCCACCACGUGCUCCGUGGAGCUAGCCGGCGCCAGGGGGCUCGAGCCAGCGCUGGCUCCGGGCGCGACCUCGCCGGCAUUCGACCUCGUCGUGCACGUCGACAACGGCCGCGUCUAUGAGCUGUGCCAUGGCGGCGGCGACGUCGUCGUCUCCUACGCGGGCGUACCCCUCGCGCGCGGGCGCACGCCGAGCUUCCGGCUGCCGGCAAAGACUACGGGGCGGUGGGCGGUGAACGUGACGGGCGUGGGGCUGGGGAUCCCGGCGGAUUUGUCUCGCCUCAUGACGGCGGAGCGGAGAUGGGGGGUGGCCCAGCUGGAGAUCGACAUGGGCCUGGCCUGGCAGUCCUUCACGUGCGACGUUUUGGUUGACGGGCAACCCGGCGCAUCAGCGUGCAGGCUAGCUUAACACGUUUUGUUUUGUCUCAGUCUCAGUAGAUUCAUAUGGAGCUACGUAAGAACACACAAGAAUUACACAAUAGAUUCUCGUUUGAGUGCGAACCAAAUUGUGAUUUGAUGGUUAGAGAGACUGUGGUAUCACUAGCCCAUCAAGGUUUAAGUCCUAGUGCUCGCAUAUUUCUAGAAUUUUUUCAGAAUUUUCGACGAUGCGCAUCCAGUGGGAGGAGACAU